AGGCGGCGGAGCCUGCGCCGAGCUGGCCGCAGCCCGGGGCCUUGCAGCGCGGGGCGAGCAGUCGCAUUGCAUUGCAUUGCAUUGCAUUGUCCUCCGCCGGCCCCGCGCUGCCCCCGGUCCGCCCAGCCCGGAGCCCGAGCCGCCUCCCCGGGUCGGGCCGGGCUCGGCAGCCCUGAACCGAGCCCAGGUGCCCGACUGCCCAGGCAGGCCCUGCCCGCGGGCCCCGCUCCGCCGCCGAUGGACUCGGGCGCGAAGCUGCAGAAGGUGCAGCUGAAAUGCAAGAACCUGCACGAGUUCCUGCGGGGGCUGAACCUGGGCACCCUGGACCGGCUCUACAACCACCCCGCCACCUGCCUGGCCGUCUUCCGGGAGCUGCCGGGAUUGGCUAAGAACUAUGUGAUGCGGAUGCUUUUUCUGGAGCAGCCCCUCCCCCAGGCAGCUGUGGCAUUUUGGGUAAAGAAGGAAUAUGUCAAGGAGCAGGAGGAGAGCUCAGACGUCUUGUCGGGGUUGCGGCUCUGGCACACUCAGCUGCUCCCAGGGGGCCUCCAGGGGCUUGUCCUGAACCCCAUCUUCAAAGAAAACCUGCGCAUCGCCUUGCUGGGAGGGGGUAAAGCCUGGUCUGAUGAUACCAGUCAGCUCGGGCCAGACAAGCACGCACGGGAUGUCCCAUCACUGGAUAAAUAUGCGGAGGAGAGGUGGGAGGUGAUCCUGCAUUUCAUGGUGGGUUCUCCAAGCGCUGCUGUCAGCCAGGAUCUAGCUCAGCUCCUCAUCCAAGCUGGGCUGAUGAAGAGCACUGAACCUGGGGAGCCCCCCUGCAUUACCUCUGCUGGUUUCCAGUUCCUGCUGCUGGACACCUCUUCCCAGCUUUGGUACUUCAUGCUGCAGUAUCUGCAGACAGCUGAGACUCGUGGCAUGGAUCUGGUAGAAAUCCUGUCCUUCCUCUUCCAGCUGAGCUUCUCCACCCUUGGCAAGGAUUACUCAGUGGAAGGGAUGAGUGACUCUUUGCUGACGUUUCUACAACACCUUCGGGAAUUUGGUCUAGUGUUCCAGAGGAAGAGGAAAUCUCGGCGCUAUUACCCUACCCGUUUAGCCAUUAACCUGUCAUCCGGUAUCUCUGGGACCACUGUGGACACCCACAAUCAAGGCUUCAUCAUCGUGGAGACCAAUUACAGGAUCUAUGCCUACACAGAUUCGGAGCUUCAGAUCGCACUCAUUGCGCUGUUCUCUGAGAUGCUGUACCGCUUCCCCAACCUGGUGGUGGCACAAGUGACUCGUGACAGUGUCCAGCAAGCCAUCGCCAAUGGCAUAACAGCCGACCAGAUCAUCCACUUCUUGAGGACCAGAGCUCACCCCGUGAUGCUGAAACAGAUCCCGGUGCUGCCCCCGACCAUCACAGAUCAAAUCCGCCUCUGGGAGCUGGAGCGUGACCGGCUGCGCUUCUCCGAGGGUGUCCUGUACAACCAGUUCCUGUCCCAGGUGGACUUUGAGCUACUGAGGAACCACGCACGGGACCUAGGCGUCCUGGUCUUUGAAAACCCUGCCAAGCGCCUCAUGGUGGUGACGCCUGCUGGACACUCUGAUGUCAAGCGCUUCUGGAAAAGGCAGAAGCACAGCACAUGAGGACAGUGGCCAAAGGAGGCAGACCCUCCCUGUCUCCUUGUCAGUGCUGCCAUUGCCCUUCAUCCUGCGACUGAUGGUACACUAACCCUGGCUCCAUGCUGCUCUCAAGACCUGCCACCAAAAAGUAAGUCCCACCCACCUGCUCCUGCUCUCCGUGCUCCAGACCAGGAAUUGAGGGUGUGAGGAUGCUUCAGGGCACCCCUUCUCUGCUGUCAAAUGUGCCAGAACUGACAAUCUAGAGAAUGGUGAUGGAGAUGACUUGCCAUCUCACUUCCAGAUGUGGAGUAUGCAGAGCCAGGGCAGGUGAGCAGGGUUUAGUUUUCAGUAGCAGUCUUGAGAGUGCUGCAGAGGCAGUGUGGACGUGCCCUCAGAUGUGACUGGGGGAAGGGGAUCCAUGUCCAGUGGUUCUCCAGCAGGAAGUAAAUUACACUCUGGAGCUGCCAGUCCCUCCCUCCCAUCAGAGAAAUUGGGGGUGCAAACUGCUUUUCCCUCCUUGGCUUAGAUAUUUUGGAGCUGCGAUCACCAACCACACUGGAAGCCUGAGAGGUUGGAGGCAUCUUCUAAUACAUGGGUUAAGAUCACACUGAAAGCAGGUAGCACUGGGGGGAGGGUGGGUCUGCAUUGAUCUGAAAUCCAGAAUGGGAUGUAGGAUCUUCCCCCUUCUGGAUCUGAUUUGCCUAGCAGAAAACUGUUCUCCAUUGGUGGGUGCGUGGCAGUGAUGAUGCAGCUGAAACCACCCUCCAGUGGGAACAGAACAACUUGGGCCUCUGAAUGUUGGCCUUGGGGUGGCAAAGGAAUGAACUGGGCUGCAGAGACUAAGUGGUUCGUUCUGUCUUCUAGAGCUCACACAGUUAUUAGUAACAGUGAUUGCUUGCAUUCAUCACAUGCUUCUGACCUCUGAAUAUAGAUUGAUCCCUUAAAGUUCCAUUUGUAAAGGGUGGCUUGGUAGUCACUAGAGAAUUACAACCUUGUAAGUUGAUGCUUGUGGGUAGAUGUCUACCCAGUAGCCGUGUAGUUCUCUGCAGAUAUAAGAUACUACAUGUGGGUUCUGCUUACAGGUUCAGGGCUAAAGGGUUCAGCCUGGAGGCUUGCAAGGGAGGCAGAGUUAAAGUUGUGAAAAGCCAAAAGGACUUUCUUAUGAUCCGGCCAUUUUUGAGCUAGGGCGACACAAAACUUUCGUGCAUGUUUGAUGUUUCGUGUACAUCCCAUGACAAAGGGUGUAAGGGGGAGUCUUGUAAUUUCCCAUGGUGGUCGUGGCAGCCAAUGGCUAAACAUAGAUGACAUUUUAAAGUAAAAAAUAAUCCUGAAGAAGAAAUGUCCUUCCCUUGCAGUCCUCUCUUUGGGUCUGUUGCUAAGCUCAGCCAUUCCCAAGCGUUAUAACCCCAGGUGGUAGCUUCAGUUCCAAGUGGGCUCAUGAGCCUGAUAGAGCUGCUAGAUCCCCCCAAGUUGGUAGUUUUCCUGUCUGCCUGCAGUUAAUAGCAGGUAGGGACUUCCCUUGCCUGCUCCCCCACAGAGAAGCUGCCCUCUCUGUGCCUGCUCUUGCCCUGGUGCAAGUGACAACUAAACCAAGACAUCUUAGCCCUGUUGCAUGCAGGGAGAAGGUGCCAUGUGGUGGGGUAAGAGCAGGCACAAGGUCAGUUGCCGUAGUGUAGAAGCAACAUCGCAUUCCCCACCUCCUGGCAGCUGAAGAGCAGGGCUUGUGAGCAUGGGACUAAAUGAAGUUGUCCUCACUCAUCAUGGGUUUGCACUGGAAAAUGUCUAGGAAUGGUUGCUGGGACGUGGCGGGGUUGUUUCAUGCUGGUCAGAAGUUUCCAUUUAAACUGUUUACAAUUUUUUUGAUAGGAGAAAUCAUAUUUGAUUAAAUGAAAUGUUUGCUUUCUACUGAAAUUGCCAAGUUUGUCUUUCCUUAUCAAAGAAAACCAGGUGCCCCAAACCUGAAUUACAGCUGUGUGUUGUUUUGAAAUGCUACUGUGGGUAAAAGGAAGACAAGAAGGGAAAUAAAGAAAAUAACCAGUUAAA